AUGGGUCUCUUACUUGGCUUUUUCUUCUUCUUCCUUGUCUCUUCUGCCACUGCUUGUGAUCGUUGUGUUCGUCAAUCCAAGGCUGCUUAUUACUACGACGAUACACCUAUUCAACAUGGGGCAUGUGGGUAUGGCUCCUUGGCAUCACAAUUAUCCAAUGGGUAUGUUGCAGCUGUUGUGCCUGCCCUUUAUAAACAAGGAGCUGGAUGUGGUGCCUGUUUUCAGGUAAGGUGCAAGAACAGAAGAUUCUGCACCGCCGCAGGGACUAAAGUGGUUGUGACAGAUCAAAAUAACGACAACAAAUAUGACUUUGUCCUCAGUAAGAAAGCAUACUCAGCAAUGGCAUUGCAAAAUAAGGGCAAAGAACUUUUGAAUCUAGGAACAGUUGAUGUGGAGUAUAAGAGGAUACCUUGUACCUAUCCAAACAAGAAUCUGUUAGUACGAGUGGAAGAAUGGAGCCAAAAGCCAUACUACUUAGCCAUUAAAUUCCUCUACCAAGGUGGGCAGACAGAAAUAAAAGCAGUUGAAAUAGCAGAGGUUGGUUCCUCAGAUUUUGAACCCAUGAAGAGAAACUACGGUGCUAUCUGGGAUACAAACAAAGUAAUUGAAGGAGCCUUCCAACUGAAGAUAGUGGUGGCUUCAGGAUACAAUAAUGAAAACACAUAUUUUACAAAUUACGACCUUCCUUAUGAUUGGAAAAAUGGAGAGAUCUAUGAUACUGGAAUUCAAAUCUAUGACAUUGCCAAAGAAGCUUGCCCGCCAAACAAGUGUGGCGAUAGGCCAUGGAAAUAA